CUCUUACCAUUGCUGCCCACCCAAUUUCAACCUCUAGGUUGUUUAAAGGGGGAGCGAGAUUAAAUGGUCAGAGAAGAUGCAGGGGGGAGACUUUGUCUAUUGUCUAUUUUAUUUGCUCCUUUGCAAAAUGCGAUGCUAGUUGGUGUUGAGCUGGAGUGAUGCCCACUUUGUGGCUAGCUUGGAGAUGCAGAAUAGCCCACACAGGACAGCAGGGGCCACCCGAAGCCCCAGCCAUACCUGGGCAGGUGGCUUCACUUGUAGCGAACACCCCCCAGCCCCUUGCAGCACGGGCAGGCAGGGGGAGGUGGAAUGAUGCUGCCUGGAAACUCGGCACCGUUAAGGGUCGCUGUAUUUGUUUUACUCUGAGCGCUGUUUUCUCCAUCUCCUCGGUCUGCGAGGGGGGCAUCUCUGAGCGAAAGGUGCAGUAUCCUGCCAUCCCAGCCCAAGAGGGGGAGCGGGGAGGGGGGAGCAGCUAUGCAUUUGUUUGUUGGUUUGUUUGUUGGCUUGAGUCGUUCGUGUUCUGGGGCACAUUGGGCUCUUAGAUCCACGUCUCGCUCUCCUUCGUUUCCUCUGGCUUGUCCGUCCCUCUGAGCAGCGUGUGUGUGUGUGUGUGUGUGUCUUUCUGCAUGUAAGGGAUGGGUGAGAGCUCUCUCUGGGUGUGUGUGAUGAUUCUAUAUGUGUGGAGGGGGAAAUCUCAGUGGCUGUGUGGAAGGGGAAAUCUCUGUGUGUGUGUGUGUGUGUGUGUGUUGGUAAUGUGUGUGCGCGUGCGACUGUGUGUGUGUGUGUGUCUAUAGAGCUAGUCUGUGUCACUGAGUGUAUUUCCGUUGCUUUGGGGCUGUAGGGGUAAUAACCGCUGUGUGUGUGUGUGUGUUGGGGGGGGACCUCACUGUGUGUGUCUCUCCCUGUGUUGCUCGUGUGUGUGUCUCCCUCCCUGUGUGUGUGUGUGUGUGUGUGUGUGCGCGGAGCAGCAGAAGUCCAGAUCACGUAGAGACAAUCGCAGAAACUGCAGAGCAGAUAGCGGCGCAGCCGGAGAUGGAGCCGGAUGGCAAAGAUUCUGUAUCUUUAUUCAGGAGCAUAAGGUUGCUUGCUGAUCACAAGAAGAUGUUGCUGUGGCUCGUUCUGGUUUUGUCAACCCCAGUUUCUUCUACAAAUGCAGAUCCUGACAUCUCAGUGGAAAUUUGCAAUGUUUGCUCGUGUGUGUCAGUUGAGAAUGUACUGUAUGUCAAUUGCGAGAAGGUUGCAGUCUACCGACCAAAUCAGCUCAAACCACCUUGGUCUAAUUUUUACCAUCUUAAUUUUCAGAACAACCUACUGAUUAUUCUAUAUCCAAAUACAUUUCUUAAUUUUACACAUGCAGUGUCCCUGCAACUGGGUAACAAUAAAUUGCAGAACAUUGAGGGAGGAGCAUUCCUUGGGCUCAGUGCAUUAAAACAGUUGCACUUGAACAACAAUGAAUUAAAGAUUCUCCGAGCUGACACUUUCCUUGGCAUAGAGAACUUGGAGUAUCUCCAAGCUGACUACAAUUUAAUCAAGUAUAUUGAACGGGGAGCCUUCAAUAAGCUUCACAAGCUGAAAGUCCUCAUCCUUAAUGACAAUCUGAUUUCAUUCCUGCCCGAUAAUAUUUUUCGAUUCGCUUCUCUAACCCAUCUGGAUAUACGAGGGAAUCGAAUACAGAAGCUUCCCUACAUUGGAGUUCUGGAACACAUUGGUCGAGUUGUCGAACUGCAGCUGGAAGAUAACCCUUGGAAUUGUACCUGUGAUUUGUUGCCUUUGAAAGCCUGGCUGGAGAAUAUGCCCUAUAACAUUUACAUUGGAGAAGCUAUCUGUGAAACGCCCAGUGACUUGUAUGGAAGGCUUUUAAAGGAAACCAAUAAACAAGAAUUAUGCUCCAUGGGGACUGGGAGUGAUUUUGAUGUGCGCAUUCUGCCUCCAUCCCAGUUGGAGCCUGGUUACAGCACGCCUAAUGGCCACACUACGCAAACGUCAAUGCACAGGUUAGUCACCAAGCCUCCGAAAACUACAAAUCCUUCCAAGAUCUCGGGGAUAGUAGCAGGAAAAGCGCUCUCUAAUCGCAAUCUCAGUCAAAUUGUGUCUUACCAGACCAGGGUACCUCCUCUAACUCCUUGCCCAAGCUCGUGUGUCUGCAAAACUCAUCCUUCUGAUUUGGGAUUAAGUGUAAACUGCCAAGAAAGAAAUAUAGAAUCAUUGGCUGAACUCGUACCAAAACCUUUCAAUGCCAAGAAACUGCAUGUAAAUGGCAAUUAUAUUAAGGAUGUGGACACCUCAGAUUUCAUUGACUUUGAAGGGCUGGAUUUACUACAUUUAGGCAGCAAUCAGAUUGCAGUAAUCAAAGGGGCGGUUUUCCGCAACCUUACAAAUUUACGGAGAUUGUAUCUUAAUGGCAAUCAGAUAGAGCGGCUGAGUCCAGAAAUGUUUGCUGGCCUCCAUAAUUUGCAAUAUCUGUAUUUGGAAUACAACAUUAUCAAAGAAAUUUUAGCCAGCACCUUUGACUUAAUGCCAAAUUUGCAGUUGCUCUACUUGAACAACAAUCUUCUUAGAAGUCUGCCGGCUUACAUUUUUGCUGGUGCUCCACUGGCUAGACUGAAUCUGAGGAACAAUCAUUUCAUGUAUCUACCUGUAAGUGGCGUUCUUGAUCAGCUAAAAUCUCUUACACAAAUUGAUUUGGAAGGUAAUCCGUGGGACUGCACGUGUGAUUUAGUUGCUUUAAAACUAUGGCUGGAAAAACUAAAUGAAGGUAUUGUGGUGAAGGAAUUAAAAUGUGAAACACCUGUUCAGUUUGCUAACAUUGAACUGAAGUCUCUCAAAAAUGAGAUCUUAUGUCCUAAACUUUUAAACAAGCCAUCUGCUCUGUUCACUAGUCCUGUGCCUGCUGUCACUUUUACUACACCGUUGGGUCCAAUUCGAAGUCCUCCUGGUGGCCCAGUUCCAUUGUCCAUCCUAAUCUUAAGCAUACUAGUUGUGCUUAUUUUAACAGUGUUUGUUGCUUUUUGCCUUCUUGUCUUUGUGCUUCGGCGCAACAAGAAACCAACAGUAAAGCACGAAGGAAUUGGGAACCAAGAGUGCAGUUCCAUGCAACUGCAGCUAAGAAAGCAUGACCACAAAUCAAACAAAAAGGAUGGACUAGGUGCAGAGGCCUUCAUUCCUCAAACCAUUGAGCAGAUGAGCAAAAGUCACACUUGUGGCUUAAAAGAAUCCGAAACAGGCUUCACGUUUGCUGAUCCACAAGGGCAAAAAAUCAUUCUGAGAAAUAUUACCGACAAGGAAAAGGAUUUAUUGCAUGUGGAUACCAGAAAAAGACUGAGCACAAUUGAUGAACUGGAUGAGUUGUUUCCUGGGAGGGAUUCCAAUGUAUUUAUUCAGAAUUUUCUUGAAAGUAAAAAAGAAUACAACAGCAUAGGGGUCAGUGGCUUUGAAAUACGUUAUCCAGAGAAACAACAAGACAAAAAAAUCAAGAAGUCAUUAAUAGGUGGUAAUCAUAGUAAAAUUGUAGUAGAGCAAAGAAAGAGUGAAUAUUUUGAACUGAAAGCUAAACUUCAAGGUUCACCUGACUACCUACAAGUCCUUGAAGAACAAACAGCUUUGAAUAAAAUAUAGGUCAUGCAAUCUUAUUUCUUACAGAGGACAUUUAUUUAAUGAUGAAAGUGCCUUUUGUUGACUUUUAACUUCCGAAUACUAUAUUAUAUUGGUAGGCAUAGAGGCAGGUAUAUCCAAGGGUAUCUGUCUGUAGCUGCAUAUGAUUUGUCAAGUAGAGGAGAAUUUCCUUAAUAGAUUUUACUACAUAAAGCUGAUACCCUCUGGAAUCCUGUAGGGAUACUGCAAACUCUAUUGCCAAAGGGAUGCUUUAGACACAUAUUACACUGAAUUUAACCUCAAAAGGCAUAUAUGUUUUGUACCUUAAAUGCAAAACCUUUGUCUCCUUGUGAUUUGUAAGAGCAAACACAAGAAAACUGGUACCAGUGUUUGUACCUCAGCUGGGUCCUUCAUCUUGCACGUGGAUUAAGUUGGUGGAACUGGAGUAAUCCUUUGAUUUGUGGUGUUGUAACGGCACUGUUUAAAGAUUAUCUGAAAAGUAAAAAGCAUGCAAAGAGAGAACAUUCAAUAGUAUGUGUAAAUCGGUUACAUUUAUGGCCUGCAUCUUGAAACCACUGGAUUUAUAAUGUUAAAUUGUGCAAAUAUUUGUUUAAAAUAUACCAUGCAUAACAUACCUAUAAAAUAAAUUUGACCCUUGAAGUAGACCUGUCUAUACAUAAAAUUAAAAAAAAAGAAAAGAAAAAAACUGCAACCUGACUUCUGCAGCAUUUGUAGUGAUAUGAAGAAAAUACUUGAUGUUCAUGCAGAAUCUUAUGUAAGAAUCAAAUCCAAUUAAGACUAGAGUUCCUUCUCAGUUAUGUGAAACUCCUACAACCCCAAAAGGUUGACCAAACUUUUCAAAGUGCUUACUGUGUGAGCGUAGCAGAAAUUAUUUUUGUAAGAUAAUUCAUAUUUAUGAAAUACUUUGUAUACUAAAUAGGAAAAUAUGUACUCCGUAAUAUGUAUUUAAUAUGCCUGACUUGUUUUCCUGAUCACAAUGCAUUAAUAAUUCAGUAUAAAUUAAAAACAGAACAAUAUACCAAACAAAAACUGGUGACAAAUUGUAUAGAAUUAUCCAGGAUCCCAUGAUCAGGUAUAAUAAUAAUAAUAAUAAUAAUGAUAAUAAUAAAAAAAAUGUUCUGUACUAUUCUUGUGAAAUUAGUAUAUUAUUAUCUUAUUUCAGAUUUGUUACCAAUGGUGCAUUUUAAAAUAGAUUCAUUAGUUUUUUUAGUAUUGUGUCUCAGGCAAUUAUUUGCCAUCGGUUGUCUUGCUUUUCAGGGUUCUGCAGCUUAAUCUAAAUAGUGUUCACUACAAGUAUUUACAGGCAUUAAUGAAUAAGGGUAAUAGUUUAAUUGUAUAUGCGUCAUUUUUUUGGUCCCUGUUAUCUAUUUGACUGCUGUCAGUCAGAUAAUGAAUCAGAACAGGAAACCAUAUGGCAAUCAUGUGUCUAUCAAAGCCACAUUGUAAAAUGUAUUUAAUGGUCUUGGUUUAGUUCAGAGUAUUUUGUAGUCCACAUCUAUAAAGAAUAGAAACUUGCCUUUGUGAAAGCUGAAUCUCAAUUGAUAGCAACAAAUGGUCAAGAUAGAAAACACCCCCUUUUUCUCACUGGGAAAUGGUAACUUAAGAUCACAGUAGGCAUGUAUUGGUAAAGCAUCAUACAGAAAAUCUACCUGAUUUACAGCCCAUUCGAGACAAUAGGGGCUUCUCCACUGAUGUCAAUGGACUUUGUAUCAGGACCUUAAUCUGUUUUGCUGCCAUAAAUUCUCCUUUCCCCCCCCAUGCCUUUUAAAAUCAAUACAUAAGUCUAUCAAGUUGCAAUAGAAAAUAAAUAUUAAUGUUUUCAUGAAUUCCAAGUGGCAGCUAUUACAACAAAGCCCGAUAGCACUACUAUGGUUAAGGCUGCGUCAGCAUUUUCCAGUCUAAACCUCUAAUUUCAGGGCUUUAUAACACUGCUGUAAAAUUUUAUUCUGGGAUGAGCCUUGGCAUAACGCCUGGAAUAUUUUUUUAACAAAGUUUUUUAAAAACAUCAGCGCUUCUUUGUUUUAAAGAGAGAGAGAGAAGAAAGAGAGAUUUUCUACUUGUAAUUUCUAAAAGGGUUUUUUUUUUUCUAAUUUCCCCAUGGUACAAAAUGUUUGAGGGACUUUAGAUGUUUUUAAAAUAAAUAAACAAUGGAGUGGUUCAUCUUGAAAAAGCUGCUAUUACACAUGCGCACUAACUUAUUUCAUCCAAAAUGUCAGAGGGAUUUUCUGGAUAUGUUUACUAGGCAUGCAUGUAUUCCUGGCCUAAAAGAUUCCUAAUUGCCUGUUGACCCAGAUCACGGCACAGGCUCUGAGGAAAGUGUUUUAGUUUAUUGUGUCAAGGGCCUAUGGAUUAAGGAAUCUUAACGAUGUACUGAAAUGCUAGACCAUAAAGGCACCAUCAGCAAUGAGGAUAAUGGGUUGCUGCCUUCCACUCAGUACUGCACAGCUUUGAGACUGCGUCAAGGGUCACUGAGAUUUACCAAGGCAGAGAGCGUUUGACACACUUCAAGCCUCAUCAGAGCCUCUGUCUCAUAUCCUUCUGUUGCGAGAGGUGCAUUAAAAAGAAUACACAACUAUUUAAUAAAUAAACGCUACGUUGUUAAAGGUGAUAUACUUGUGGUUGAUAUUGAUCAGAGUUAACAGAACAACAGUGAAGUUUGAUAUACCUCCCUCAACUACAUUAAUUAGGUCCGGUCUUCCCCUUUUCCGCCUGGGGAAAUCUCCCAUUGACUGUUUAAGAGAAGAAGAACUUUGCCAUUAUGCCCACAUUGGACAGAUCUGGCAACUCUUUUAGGUCCCCCUCCAGCCAAGCAUUUAAUCACAUGCCCAACUUUAAUCAUGUGCAAUGAGAGUACUCACGAGUUUAAAAGUGAGCACAGGCUUUAGCGUGUUGCUGGAUCAGGGCCUAAAUGCAUGGCAGCAUUGGCAUUGACUUAAAUGGGAGCAGGUGGAGGAGCAUUGUUGUGUAUUACAUAGUUCGUCCCUGCUGUGGAACCCUUAUUCAUGGUGGUGAUCACUUUGCUCCCAUGAGUUGUCUGACUGAAUUCAACAGGGUCAAUGGAAUGUAUACUCACCAGUGUCAAUAAGGGUUGCUCAGUCUGGGCAUAUUAUGUAGGUCUCUCACUAGUGUUUGACAUACGUGGUGCAAUACCUAGGCAUAGCAGUGUGAGUAAAAAAAAAAAAAUUUGCAAAGGUGGGCAAACCUCUAUAUUUCUUUGAUGCUGUUGAUUUAAAUGACAACCUGAAUGUUAGUUUACUUCCUCCAGUGUUAAGGGACAGUGUAUGUGUCUGGAUAACAGUUUAGUGGAAUGGUCAUUCCAAUCUAAUGCUAGUCUGUCCAGGAAAUGCACGCUUCCUUGUGGCUAGACAGACCAGGCCAGCCUUUGCAUUAUAUUGAUUUAAGUGGCCAUAUUGUUACAGUGUCUGCAAUGACAUACGUGCAGCACUAAAGCAGUGAAGGUGUUAACAUAAUUUAUUGUGUUCAUUGUAUUAUAAAUCAAGUUUACAUUUUUAACGAAAUCAAUAAAGUGUAAUCAUUUCUUUGAAAGAGAAAAACUUUGUGCAAUUUUCUCAGAAAACAGUCAUUAUAAUGCAGUGAUUUGAGUCCAGACAUCAGUUGACAUUUUGCAUUUAGUUUUCCAGACUGAGAGUAAAUAUAUCAAAAGAUAAUCCAAAAGGUAAUUUUUAAAGCCAUAACGGUAUACAUUAUAAAAGGCAUGGCCUUGUGACUAAUGUUAACAAAUGUCUCAGAGUUAAUAAACACAUCUAGAAAUUGAUGGUGGUAUACUAUCUAUAAUAUUUUUUGCAUGAUUUGUACAUUGCUAUUGUAUGAAAUGAGCACAGUGGGAUAUUUAUUUUAUUUUUAUUUUUUGUUUUAUUUCAUUUUAUUUUGCAUCCAAAGAGUUGGGAAGGAAAUAUAACAAGAAUGUAUUGAUAAUCGCUCUAUUUUGAAAUAAAGUAAAGAAAGCAAAAUGUAUUGUUUUUACCCUGCCUUGAGCAUUACUAUUUUUAGAUUAGUUUAUAAAGAAAAUAGAGUUAACUUAUAAUAUCCAGUAUAAUGUAAAACUCAGAAAAAAUGUUUCAGUGACCUUUGUUUGCUUUCAACAACAUCAAAAUAUUAGGCAGAAUUUAUUUAAAAGAUUUGUAUGGAAAUAUUAAUAAAAUUGUUUGGUACAAUCAUA